AUGGAAAAAACUUACUCAACUGACCUUGAGCGAAACGGCCAAGUUUUGUACGGACGAAACAGUUCUAGCAGCAACUCCUUUAAUGAGAAAAAAAAUGUCUACACAUACACAAAUCCAGUUUCAAACUUAGAAAGCGGUGCUGUUGACGGCAGCGUUGUUGAAACGACAGAAAAUCCACAAGGCCGUCUUCAACGUGAUCUCAAAGCCCGCCAUAUCACUAUGAUUGCAAUUGGUGGCGCCCUUGGCACAGGUCUUGUCAUUGGUUCUGGUUCUGCUUUGGCCCAGGCUGGUCCUGCUUCCUUGCUGAUUGCCUAUCUUAUUGUUGGUUUCAUUGUAUAUCUGGUUAUGUGUGCUUUAGGUGAAAUGGCUACUUGGAUCCCUCUUUCUGAAGGCUUUCCCGGCUAUGCUUCUCGUUUCUGUGACCCUUGCCUUGGUUUUGCCGUUGGUUGGGUUUAUUACAUGAAAUACAUUAUUGUCACACCAAACCAACUAGUAGCUGGUGCACUUGUUAUACAGUACUGGUUACCACGAGAAAAAGUUAACCCAGGGGUUUGGAUUACUAUUUUCCUUGUUGUCAUUAUCUUUUUAAAUCUUUUUGGUGUUAAGAUUUUUGGUGAGCUUGAAUUUUGGCUUUCUUGUCUAAAAGUCAUUACAAUGCUUGGUCUUAUUAUGGUUACUCUUAUUAUUGCUCUUGGUGGUGGCCCUGAUCACGACAGACGUGGUUUUAGAUAUUGGAAGGAUCCGGGUGCUUUUAAACCUUACAGCAAGGGAACACAUUCAAUUGAAGGAUCAGAGGGAAAGUUUGUUGCAUGGGCAUCCGUUUUGGUUACUGCAGUUUUUGCCUUCUUGGGCACUGAGUUAGUCGGUGUUACUGUCGGUGAGGCUGAAAACCCUCGCAGAAACAUUCCCAGAGCCAUCAAGCUCACAUUCUUCCGCAUUCUAUUAUUUUACAUUGUUGCCAUAUUCUUUCUUGGAAUGUGUGUUCCUUACAAUGAUACUAAACUUGCCUUUGCCAACAAAGCUAGUACCAGUGCUGCCGCUUCCCCAUUCGUUGUUGCCAUUACUAAUGCAGGAAUUCCUAAGCUGAAUCAAAUCAUCAAUGCUUGUAUUUUGAUUUUUAUUUUUUCUAGUUCCAAUUCAGACUUGUAUAUUGCUACAAGAACCCUCUAUGGCAUGGCUAAGAACGGCAAGGCUCCUAAGAUUUUCUUAAGAAUUAAUAGAUGGGGUAUUCCUUAUGUGGCACUGGGCUGCUCGGCCAUGUUUUGCUGCUUGGCAUAUUUGUGCACGGCUCAAAGUUCUGCCAAGGUUUUCAACUACUUUGUCAACGUUGUUUCUAUCAUGGGCCUUCUUACUUGGAUUUGCAUCUUGAUUACUCAUAUAUGUUUUGUCAGGGGUAGAAAAGCUCAAGGUAUUCCUAAAAGUGAGAUUGUUUACAAGGCUCCAUUUGGCGAAAUUGGCAGUUGGAUUGCUCUCGUUUUCUGCAUUAUCAUUGCUCUUAUUAAGAACUUUACUGCAUUUGUUUUUUCCUUUGACAAAACGUCAUUCAUUACCGGUUACAUUGGCAUCCCUAUUUUCUUGAUUUUGGUUUUGGGUUAUAAGUUUAUCAUGAAGUCUAAAUUUGUUAAGCCCACAGAAAUCGAUUUCUACCCGCCAUUGAGGCACGAGAUUGACUGUGAAGAGCAGGAGUUUUUGGAGAGACAGUUAAAAGAAAACAUUGAAAAUCCACCGUCUUUUGCAAAGAAAAUUUACAACCAUUCCAUUGGCUAUUUGUUUUAA